AUGGCGGGUGUUCGCGCCAAAAAGUCUGUGGCGCAGCUCGCACUCCCUCCAUUACCCUCAGCUUAUGUCAGCUCCCUGUCAGAGCCGGGUCACGAUCUCCAACAGAGGGGCCAGCAAGGGGAAGUCCAGCCGACGGCUCCGUCCUCCAGAAGGUGUCCGGAACUUCAGGCCUCCCAAUCUGAGUGUCAGGUUGUAGACCCAAGCUGUUUUUGGUGCCAGAUAUUAAAAGGAAAUGAUCUUCUUAUCUAUGAUAACAAAGAGUAUGAACAUCUUUUCGAAGAGCUAAAUACACUAUAUGAAAAAUAUUACAGAGAUGUUGAAGAUUUGAAGCCAUCUUCUUUGCCCAUUGGAGAGGUGUGCAUGGUUUUCUGCAAAGAUUCGAAAAGCUGGUGCAGGGCCACUCUGGAAAGUUCGGUGUGUAGUGCAGAAAAUGAGCUUAUUGAGUGCUUCUUGCCAGACUAUGCUGUCUAUGUUCCUGUGGAAAAAAAAAAUGUACGUCUAGCAGUGGAGGCAUGCCAGCGUCUACCCUUUCGAACAAAAAAGUUUAAAUUACAUCAAGUUCAACCUGUUUCCCUUGAUAUUGAUUUUAUUGAAGACACAGCUGAAAUUGGGUAA